UAUUCGAUCGUACUUACGUACUCAGCUGAACAUGACUAAGUUGUUCGAUACACGCUACUAUUACCUAACGAAAUUAUUUUGCUCGAUGGUUGGUCUGUGGCCGUAUCAGGCACAAAAUAAAAGAAUAUUCAUCCAAACGUUCAAUAUUCUUAUUUUACUUUCAUACGUUCCACCUCAGUUGAAUAGAUUGCACCAAGUUUGGAGAAACGACAUAGAUGCCGUAUGCAUGUGUAUGCCGCCAGUCUUCACUAUAUUUUUGUGUUCGUCUAAAAUUAUGACUCUCACGUUAUGUAGAUCAAAGUUUUAUAAACUCGUUCUUUCAAGAAUCCCCAUAAGAAGAAAUCAAGUGGUGUCAGAUCGGGAGACCUUGGUGGCCAUUCAAUUGUUCCUCGUCUCCCAAUCCAUCUGCUUGGGAAGAUUUCAUCCAACAACCUUCGUACCCUUAAUCCAAAAUGUGCUGGUGCACCAUCUUGCUGAAACCACACGCGAUCAAAAUUGA